CUGCUCCAGCCUCUUUUUCUGAGCCUCGCACAGAUUUUUCCCCCCCUUCCUAGUCUCUUCUCAGCGUAGCUUCUUUCAGGUCAACGUGGAAUGAACAUAAGCCACGUUUAGUAAUAUAUUGAUCAUAUAUUUCAUCUCGUUGUAGAAAUAGAAGACAGAAGAAAUAGCAGCAUGGGGGCUUAUGAGGAGAAGAAGGAAGCAUGUGGAACUGUCUGCCUGAAAUACCUCCUGUUUACUUUCAACUUUCUCUUUUGGCUGGCAGGAGGAGUUGUGAUGGCAGUGGGUGUUUGGACCUUGGUGGAAAAGAGCGACUACAUCAGCCUCCUCCCCUCCAAGACCUACGCUGCCUCCGCCUACAUACUGGUCCUAGCUGGAGCCAUUGUCAUGGUAACAGGCGUGCUGGGCUGCUGUGCCACUUUCAAGGAGCAGAGGAAGCUGCUGGGAGUGUACUUUGUGCUGCUUCUAUGUAUCUUUCUGUUGGAGAUCCUGGCUGGUGUCCUGGCCUACAUCUAUUAUCAGCAGCUGAAUGAUGAACUAAAGCAGAACCUGAAGGCCACUAUGACCAACAAGUACAGACAGAGCGAUGAAAACAUGCACAUCACCAAGGCUGUUGACAAGCUGCAGCAAGAGUUCAAGUGUUGUGGGAGCAACAACUCAACUGACUGGGUGGAGAGCGAGUGGAUCCGCAGCGCAGAUUCAAAGGGCAGGAAGGUCCCUGACAGCUGCUGUAAGACUGAAAUUGACUUAUGCGGCCAAAGGGAUCACCCCUCCAACAUCUACAAGGUGGAGGGCGGUUGCAUCAGCAAACUGGAGAAAUUCACCCUGGAACAUCUGAAGAUUAUUGGAGCUGUCGGCAUUGGGAUUGCUUGUGUACAGAUUAUUGGAAUGGUGUUUACAUGCUGCCUAUACCGAAGUCUGAAGGCAGAGCCAUACUAAAAGAGUGUGGGUGAAGGAGGCAGCCGUAUAAGCCAUGUACUAUACUCAAAUUAGCUCGUAGGUUCUUUCUUUAUUUUUUACACUGGAGAUUUAAAAAAAAAAUGCAAGGGAUCUAAUUGCACAUCAGAGAAUCUCAUUUUAGGAAACAAAGGGUGGAAAAACACUACAGACCUUUUUUAUGCAAUUCGUGAAGAAUCUCUGAAAGGAGCCAAUGGGAAUUUUAACACAGUUUGUUUAAAUUAGUUAGGAAUAGCCUCCUAGAGACUUAGGCAAUGUUGUUUUCUGCCACACUGAUUCCCAUAAAGAACUUUUAAUACACAUGGGAUGGCUGGUAUGCGGGAGACUGGCGUAAAGAUCAGUAGAGUAAAACUGGUACUUUGUAGAAAGUGUUAAUCCUGAAUCUCAACAGCUUCUUUAUACCAGCAUCAUGGGCUAUAAUAAGCUCAAAUCUUUAAAUCUGACAACAUUUUGUGUCAGCAGUAAUGAAAAAAUGAUGCAUUUCAGAUUAGAGUGGCCUUUUAAAUAUUUAACAUCGUUGUAGACCAUUUCAGGAUUUUACGUUUUGCUUUUACUCCCUGAAAUGUCUAUAAUAAAAAUAUGCUUUAAUCAACUUUAUUGCAUGUUGUUAGAGCGCUGCUGGACUAGUUGGUGUCCCUCACAGCUCAUGUGCUGUUGGACUGUUCGAAUGUUUAAAAGCUAAGUUAAAAUAAAAUAUAUGAUGCAUGCAAGAAUGACAUUACUUGUAAUAAAGGACCUACUGUUUUUGAUUUUCUCUUAUGUAACUAUGCCAAAGUUAUAAACUACAAAAUUAAGCCAACUGUAUCAUGUCAGUGGUACUGAUGUUUCCUUUUUGAUUGUACUUCUUAAAUUAAUGUUUUGCUUAGAUUUUUUUUACAGCUUGCCAGCAUUUUGUAUUUAACACACCUGUAGGAAAUUAUUUCUACACAUCUGAUAGUGAUCUUUAAUGUGUGCCUUAAGCGAAGCACUGAAUUAACCUACUGCAUUUCUGUUUCGAUUGUAUGAUGUUCUUUGAAUAAACACUGAUCCAUGCUGUUA